AUGGCGGAAACGGCAGAACGUGGCGGAGAUCCAUGGCGAAAAGGCCAAGACUCUCUCUAUUCGCCGAGCGUCGCCUUCUCCGUCGCGAUCGCCCAAGUCGUCGUGCGACGAGUGAUCGCAGGUCUGGAUGGAGCAGCGAGGGAGGAGGAGCUGGUGUUUGACGGUGUGCACGCUGCUCUGGUGGCACACGGCCCUGGUCAGCUGCAGCGACUGGAGCUGCGCUGUGUGGCGGGUGGACGGGUGCUGCUGCACGCUGCUGUCACCACCUCCUUCUGGUGCCAGCCCCAGACUGACGUGCGCGUGCACAUGGUCACACCAGACGGCACUCGCUGGAUCCUCAUGUUUGCAAGCCCAGCAGACUCCUCCGCCUUUCUUCUCGCCAUCGGCUUUGCUCGUGCUCUCGCCGCUUCCCUCUCAGCCCACCUUGCUUCUGCCACGGCACAGACCUACCCUCCGCAUGCCUACGUGCCCGUCCCUCCCACGUUGCAAGAUGUUCUGCUGAGCACAGGCGGACACAGGUCACGGGCGGAGGGUGGAGACGCAGUGCAAGUGGCGCUGACAGCAUGGGUGGCUGACCCCUUCACAUCGCCACACCUGCCUCCCCUCAUGCCUUUUCUCGUCACUCAAGGCAAGGGAGUGAAGCUGAUACUAGGCUCACACAAGGCCUUAGAAGCUCUAGAGCAAGGCAUAGUGGGCAUGCGCAAGGAGGGAAGGCGCUUUCUUGCUGUUUCACCCUCAGCAGCCGGCCGUGGGGACUUCCCUUCCCUGCCUCCUAAU